AUGGAUAAAGUUAGACUAAUUCAGGAUUAUCUUAAGAUGGUUUCUGAUAAGCAGAAGUCAUAUUCGAAUAUGAAGAGGAGAGAUAUCGAGUAUUCUGUGGGUGAUAAAGUCUUCCUUAAGGUAUCUCUGUGGAAGAAGGUAAUUCGGUUUGGACGUAAGGACAAAUUAAGCCUUAGGUUCAUUAGGCUAUAUUGGAUUCUAAAACGUGUGGGUCCAGUCGUCUAUCAUUUAGAGCUACCUCUAGAGUUGAAUCAUACUCAAAAUGUGUUCCAUGUCUCUAUGCUGAGGUGGUAUCGGUCGGACCCAUCUCAUAUCGUAUCUAUUGAUGAGAUUGAGAUAAGACCGGAUUUGACUUUUAAGGAGAAGUUAGUUCAGAUUCUGGAUCGAGACGUUAAGGUCUUAAAAAGGAUGUCUAUUGCGUUAGUUACUUGGGAACCUGAGGACUCGAUUCAAUAG